AUGCAGGAAAAUCAGGAUAACCCAUCUCCUUUCGCAAAAAUGGCCAAAUUUCAUCCGAAAUUAACUCCAAAAAUGUGGAAGCGCGACGAAGUGCUUCUGUUGCUAAAAAUCUACGAAUCAACAUUGCUUCAAUCAUUCAAUGCAAUUGAUGACGAAGAACUGUGGAACGUCGUAUCGGAAAAGUUGAGCGAACAUGAAAUACAAGCAUCACCGGCACACUGUAAAAGCAAAUGGAAUUUACUGCACAAGGCAUACCUUGCCAAUCCCAACAGUCAAGGCACUUUCUUUCGGAUGGUGAAACAAAUUGUAGAAGCUCCUCCAAAAAUUGAAAAAUUAGACGACGUAGAAGAAAUGGACGUAAUUAAGGAGGAAAUACUCGAAUCACUCAUCGAAGAAGACCAGGAUUCAUCGGAAACUGUCAUCGAAGAGCCACCAAUAAGCUCCGUAUCGUUUACCAUCGAAAGAGUAACAGAAUCACCGGUGAUUGGGGCAGCGGAUGGGCUUACUGCACUGAUCGAAAGAUUAUGCGCCAAGAUAGAUACGCUUACCGAGAUCCAGCAUCGACAAGAGGCACAAUUAGAGGAGGUUUAUAAGAUCCAAAUGGCGAAUCGUGAUCAUUUAUUGGAAAUAAAGAAGCAUCUAAACAUAGGAUAAGGUAA